AUGGGAACCGGUCGUCACCAAACGUGGUGCAAUGGCCUGUGUUUCGGCCGUUGCAGUGAAACCCCAGCCCGUGACAGCCGACGUUCAUCUGACCGACGUGCUAACCGUCCCAUUGAGCUACAGACCAGGCCCGCAGCCCGCACCUCGGCACAAACCCCCGGUCAUAGAAGAUCAUCUACGACCCCUCGCGCAUCUCAGACGACUCCCCGCGCAUCUCAACCAACUCCCCGUGCAUCUCAACCAGCUCCCCGUGCAUCUCAACCAGCUCCCCGUGCAUCUCAACCAGCUCCCCGCGCAGAACCUCCUAGAACUACUCCACAGCACAGUCGUCAAAGCUCCGCUCAGGCAACUGGUCAACGCAGCUCUGGAACACAUGGCCGUCACAGUUCCGGACGCGCCAGUAGUGGUCUGGCCCCUCAGGACCCGUACAUCGGUGGUAUAAUCCCUUCCCAGCAAAGCAGCCGCCGUGUAAGCUCUGACUUCCCAAGCGGCUCUGGAGCUACCCCACGAAGCAGUGGCCAGAACGUCUCUGGUCGGACUGCGGAGUGGCUUCAGGAAGUCUCACCUGCACUUUACAGGGGUGGGGUGGGCCGAACAAGCGGCAGUAGCCCCCGCUAUAGUGGCGACAGUCGUCCUCGCCAUAGUGGUGAUAGUCGCCCUCGUCACAGCGGCGAGCGUCCAGCUCCGUACGACAGUGGAUCUGGACGAUCGUCAGGUAUAGUUGCCCCUGGCCCCGGUGAUCACUUAUCAACUGAUCCUGCCGCGUAUCAAUAUGGAAUACACCAGAUGCAAGGAGCUUAUCGCCAGAGAUGGCUUCAGGUUGACUAUGCCGCUGAUUGCCCAUUUAUCAUGAGAUCUCCUCUUCAAUACCUUGAGAUGAUCAAUCGAACAAACCCAGCUGACCGGUGGAGCAUCGAUAGAAACAGCUUCGUACAAUCGCCUAUAGGCUUUGACAGUGAGUUGGCAAGUCAGGGACUCCCUUCCGGACCGAAUACCUACCGCAAAAUCAGGCUUAACGGACCUGUGCAGUGGGGCGUGUACAACGAGUACGUGCAUAUGACAGCCAAUGGAGUUAUCUUUGCCAUGGACAUCACCAGGGAUAGCUUGUACCACUGGUCCGAUAUCGCCGUCGGACAAUACACAAUGGAUUUCAGAAUUGAAACACUGCGACGCAUUUAUUUCCACCACGUCAUCAAUGAGGACACUCACGGAUUCAUGAUGGACCUUUAUCGUUCUACGAUGGAAGGGGGCUUUUCUCGUAACCCGGCUGCAGAAAGACAGAUCGUUUGGUCUCUCGGUACUCCUGAAUAUCAGGCUAUCCUGGGUACCACUUUUGGCAAAGGAGUAGCUGCUCUGCUGCUUACCUACUUCCCCAGAGGUACAGUUAUUGUUGCUCGGAUCGUCACUUGGAGGCAGCAGGAUUUGCAUAUGCGGUUUGACAUUGAACCCGUGAGCUACAUGGAAGGUCAGUAG